AUAAAACCCCAGGCCUUCCCUUCUACCAGAUGGCUCCUAAUGAGGCUCUUCAGUAUAUGGGGAUUCGCUCUUUACUCCUGCAUUUCAAUUGGCCGUGGAUUGGGGUACUAACUCUGGAUGAUGACAAUGGAGCAAGCUCCAUUACUUUCUGAGUGGCGUCUCAUUUAACAACAGUGCUAGAGAGAAGAUAUCCUUCCACCACAAUGGGGAGUUAGUAGCUGGAUUUGAUGUUAUGAACUGGAUUAUUUCCUCAAACAAAUCUUUUCAUAGAAUGAAAGUUGGGAGAAUAGAUCCCUGGGUUCCACCAGACCAAGCACUCAUCAUCAAUGAGGAUAAGAUUACAUGGCACAGCUGGUUUAAUCAGGUCCAGCCUCUUUCUAUAUGUACUGAGAGCUGUCAACCUGGUUUUAGAAGGAAAAUGAAGGAGGGGGAGCCAUUUUGUUGUUAUGAUUGCAUCCCAUGCCCAGAAGGGAGGAUUUCAGACCAGAAGGGUUUGAUACUAAGAACCUUUAUAAAGCACCACAGCACUCCCAUAGUCAAAGCCAACAACCGGAACCUCAGCUACUCCCUUCUCUUCUCCCUCCUGUUUUGUUUCCUUUGUGCGUUGCUCUUCAUUGGUCGACCUCAUCAGCUGACAUGUCUCUUCUGCCAAACUGCUUUUUGUAUCAUCUUCUCAGUGGCUGUUUCUUGUGUACUGGCCAAAACGAUCACAGUGGUUCUGGCUUUCAUGGCCACCAAACCAGGAUCCAGGGUGAGGAAGUGGGUGGGGAAAAGUCUGUCCAUCUCUAUUGUUUUUUUCUGCUCCUCUAUUCAAGUGGGCAUCUGUACAGUUUGGCUGGCAACCUCCCCCCCUUUCCAAGAUGUUGACGUACACUCAGUGGGUGACAAAAUGAUAGUUGAAUGCAAUGAAGGCUCCAUGACUAUGUUUUAUUUUGCCCUGGGCUAUAUGGGCUUCCUAGCCAGUGUCAGUUUUAUUAUAGCUUUCCUUGCCAGGAAGCUUCCUAACAUUUUCAAUGAAGCCAAGUUUAUCACUUUCAGCAUGUUGGUCUUUUGCAGUGUUUGGCUAUUGUUCAUUCCAACCUACCUGAGCACUAAGGGCAAAUACAUGGUAGCUGUGGAGCUCUUCUCUAUUUUAUCUUCCAGCGCUGGGCUGCUGUGUUGCAUCUUUCCCCCCAAAUGUUACAUUAUUUUAAUGAAGCCCAUGCUGAAUAACAGGGGACAUCUACGAAGGAGAAAGAGUUGAAGAAUUUUAAUACAUGUAUCUUUUGUUACCAGAUUAGAGGUGCAUGUAACAUUGUGAAGCUAU